AUGGCAAACAGCAACAAUGGAACCAUUUCUCACGAUCUAAUCUCUCUCCUCUCUUCAGAAAAAAGAGACUUCGUCGUCCGCAACAAUGGCGAUCAGGUUAAAAUCAGUGAGUUGGUUGGAAAGAUAGUGGGUUUAUACUUCUCUGGCUCAAAUUGUAGACCAAGUAGUCGUUUCAAUCCACAAUUGUUGGAGGUCUAUGAAGAGCUCUCAUCUAAAGGUGACUUCCAAGUAGUCUUUAUCUCCUCUGAUAGAGAUGAUGAAUCUUUCAAUGCCUACUUUGCUGAAAUGCCAUGGCUUGCCAUUCCAUUCUCUGAUUCUGAAACACGUAAAUGCCUCGAGGAGGUGUUCAAAGUUGAGGGAACCCCUCAUCUAGUGAUUCUGGAUGGGACAGGUAAAGUUUCAAGUUCUCGAGCAGUUAAUCUAGUUCGGAACUAUGGCGCUGAGGGGUACCCUUUUACAACUGAAAGAGUUAACACUAUGAGAGAUGAAGAAGAGGCAGCUAAGAAGGAUCAAUCCUUGACAUCUAUCUUGGUUUCUAGUUCACGCGAUUUUUUGAUCUCAAAUGGUGGAAAUAAGGUUCUUGUGUCGGAGCUAGAAGGAAAGAUGGUUGGCCUGUAUUUCUCAAUUUUCCAUAAAAGCGUUGUUGAGUUUACCGCAAAACUUGUAGAUAUGUACAAGAAACUUAAGGAAAAGGGAGAGGAUUUCGAAAUUGUGUCAAUAUCUCUGGAUCAUGAGGCUAAAAGCUUCAAACAAGGUUUUGAAACAAUGCCAUGGUUAGCUUUGCCUUUCAAGGAUAAGUUGUGUGGAAAAUUAAUUCGAUACUUUGAGCUUAGAGGACUUCCUACACUGGUGGUGAUCGGUCCAGAUGGGAAAACUCUGAACCCCAAUGUGGCUGAACUCAUUGAAGAGCAUGGAGCCGAAUCCUACCCUUUCACACCUGACAAGCUUCGGGCGUUUGCUGAAAUUGAGAAGGCAAAACUUGAAGCUCAAACUCUCGAGUCCAUUUUAGUCUCUGAGGAACAAGAUUUUGUAAUCGAAAAAGGGGGUUCCAAGGUUCCGGUAUGUGAACUUGUUGGGAAGAGCAUUCUUCUCUAUUUCUCAGCUCACUGGUGUCCUCCAUGUCGUGCUUUUCUACCCAAGCUUAUGACAGCAUACCACGAGAUCAAAGCAAAGGACGAUGCAUUUGAAGUGAUUUUCAUAUCAAGUGAUCGCGAUCAACCUUCUUUUGAUGAAUUCUUUUCGACCAUGCCUUGGUUAGCCCUCCCUUUUGGGGAUGAACGAAAAGAAUCCUUGGAACGCAGAUUCCAAAUAAGAGGCAUUCCUGCUGUCAUAGCAAUUGGACCUGGUGGCCGGACAGUAACCACAAAAGCCAGGGCCCUCAUACAAACUCAUGGUGCUGAGGCCUAUCCCUUCACAGAAGAGAAUAUGAAACAAUUGGAGGAAAAGAUUGAGGAAAUGGCGAGGGGGUGGCCUGAGAAAGUGAAACAUGAGCUCCAUCCAGAGCAUGACCUCUUAAGGACUCGUCGGGACAUGUUUAUUUGCAAUGGCUGCAAGGAGAUGGGGGAUGGAUGGUCUUUCUAUUGUAGGGCUUGUGACUUUGAUCUCCAUCCAAAGUGUGCACUGAAGAAAGAUGAAGAGACAAGGGAGGAUGAUAAGGAGAAUGGUGAUCAUGGAGGAGUUGGAAAGGCAAAGGAAGGAGUGAUAUGCAAUGGAGAUGUGUGCCGUAAAGCAUGA